AUGGAACCAAAAAUAUCAUCCAUAUCAAGGAAGGUGUGGAACAUAGUGAAGGUAGCAAUCUACAUGAUAAAAAAGGGCAUAAACAAAAGAAAGAUCCUCUUAGAUCUCAAUAUGAUGAUGAAGCGCGGCAAAAUUGCAGGAAAAGCCCUAGGAAACCUAAUGUUCCACCACCACCACGACCAUCACAACCACGACAAUAACAACAACAACGAAAAUGAUGGCCCACAAGAGUACGAGUUUAGUUGUAGUAAUACUCCAAUGUAUGAACGUUAUUUCACAAGAAAAAGAAAAACCCAUAAACCUAAUUAUUAUCCUAAUGAUCAAUAUUACGUGCCAUCUCCACUUCCCUUGGAAGAAAGUGAAAAUGUUGAUCUUAAUGAAGUUAAUAGUAUGCUUGAAAUGAUGCUAAGUAAUGAAGGAGCUUCUAGCCGUAGUGUUUUGGCCGCCUCGCCGCUCUUGCCGGGACUAGGGUAUGGCCGGAGUCCGGCCGUUCGGCAGCUUCGGAUUACGGAUUCGCCGUUUCCGGUGCAUAGUGGAGAAGAUGAUAAGAAGGUGGAUCAAGCUGCUGAAGAUUUUAUCAACAAGUUUUAUUCUCAACUCAAACAGCAAAAAUAUUAA